AACCAAAAAGAAAAUCCCUUCUCAUGUGAAUUCAGCUUUUGAGUUUCCAGCCCAGCACCAGAAUUGCCAUUGUGGUGCCUCACCACAAAAAAAGGUUACCAUUAUGCAUCCUCCAAUUGUGAGGGAUUGGAUUCCACAUUUGACAUUUUUUUAUAAUACAUAUUAGUUUAUGUAACGGUCCACAAUUUUCAACUUAUGAAAUGAAAUGCAUCAACAAAGGUGAAAGUUGUCAAUCUAUCAAACUAAUAUGAAUUGAUAUCAAUUAGUAUAUGUUUGUUUUCACAUUUGAGUUGAAAACUUGUCUAUAUAUAUUCUUCUUGCUUUGCUAUAGUUGCAUAUAUACUUAUAAUAAUGGGUGAUAGAUUAAAAGCCAGAAAAAGCAAAAACUGUUUUUUUCCAUUUACCAGAAACAGUACUGAUGGUGCUUGCUUUGAUCAUCAUAAGUUUUUUAGUUCAAAACAUACUAUGGAAGAAGAAUUUGCCUGCAGUCGUUGCAAACGAAAGUUUACAGUACCAACAAAAAUAACUACAUAUGGUUGCUGUGAGUGCCAAGGUGUUAGCAAAUCGAUUUCAGGUUAUAAGCAAUUAAGAGAAAAUAGUUUAGGAGCCAAAUUUUUCGACCAAGAUCAACUACACAAUGCAGCUGGUUAUUCCUCAUCCUUGUUGUCCACAACUAUGACUGCUAACAAGCGCGCGGUUCUCUGUGGAGUUAGUUACAGCAGAAGACGGUAUAGGCUCAAGGGAACCGUUAAUGAUGUUGUUAACAUGAACUCUCUACUGGUUGAGAAUUUUGCAUUCCCAAUUCAAUCCAUACGUGUCCUCACAGAAGAACAGAAGGAUCCAAAUUUGAUUCCAACAAGGAGGAAUAUAGUGGAAUCUUUAAAGUGGCUGGUGAAGGAUUGCCAAUUAGGAGACUCGUUGGUGUUCUACUUCUCUGGACAUGGUAUGCAACAACCGGCAGAUGACAAAGAAGAUGAAAUUGAUGGACUUGAUGAAACUAUUUGCCCUGUUGAUUUUAUUAGAGAAGGAAUGAUCACCGACAAUGAAAUCAAUUCUACCAUUGUUGAGCCACUAAAGAAAGGUGUUAAACUUCAUGCUAUUAUUGAUGCUUGUCAUAGUGGAACGACUCUUGAUCUCAUGCAUGUUUAUAAAAAGGACAAUGGCAGUUGGAAAUGGAUGAAUAACAAUCCCUCCAGUACAGAACCUGUUACUAAACGUACAAAUGGUGGAACAGCCAUUUGCUUCAGUGCUUGUGAAGAUAGUCAGUUAGCUGCUGAUACUGCAGCUUUUGGAGGAAAAGAGAUGAACGGUGUUAUGACCUAUCUUUUAACAAAAAUAAUCAGAGAACAUCCUGGAAUUACAUAUGCCAGUUUGCUAGAAAAAUUGCACGAGGAUAUUGCGAAGAUUCAACGAAGCAAACACUUCAGUGGGUUCUUGAAACGUAUUUUUCACCGUAGAAUUGACCAGGACCCUCUUUUAUCAGCAUCGGAGGAAUUUGAUGUUCAUACGAGAAUAUUAUUUUGAGCAUGCACGUUGAAACAAAAAAAAAAAAAAAAAAAAACUUAAAUUGGCAUAUGGCCACAUUCUUAAUGUGAUGUACUCUGCAGCUCAUUGAGCUAAAGCAGGAAAGUUAUUAUUGCAUCAGCUAUACAAAAGCUUUCUAGGGACACUUGGAAGCACUAUCAGCCGAUACAUUACAUCAGUUAUUCAAAGUUCUUGAUCAGUCCAUAUCUUAUCAAUGUAAUUUACUUAUUACACACUGUAUAUAUUUACAACAUACCAUAACUUACAUGAAGUUUAUUCUAAAUUCGUUUUGCAAGAGCUACAACUAACUCUCGUCUUCUGAGGAGUUUGAUGUCAAUUCAAAGUUGGUUCGGUUCUAAUGUGAUGCAUAACAUAACAGGCAGGGGAGGUCUGUCCUGUUGGAAGAAAAAGAGUCGUGUCCAGUCGGUGAAAUUUGGUUUUAAUAAAACAAGGGAAGUAGUAUAUUAUGUUGUAUUGUAUUUUUUUUUGAACAAGAUUAUGUUGUAUUGUAUUGUGUUGUCUAAACACUAUCUGUUCCUAAAUAUUGAUGUAGAUUAAGAUAUUUUAGACUCGUAUAGAUGUUUGUCCCCCUAAUAUGUAUAUUUAUGAUUUAUAUAGCUAUCUAUUUUGCAUUGUUGAA